UCUCAUUAUGGAUGUUUCUUUCCCUGUGUUUUCUAUUGUUAACAGAUUUAUUGGAAUGAUUUGCUAUUUGCUUUGGGGGCUGAUGUUACAUUUUUUAUAGCAUCUUUGUAUUAGUCGGCGACUAAAUUUUAAUUCCUUUUUCAGUUUGGUUAAAGAAAGAAUCGUUGCUAUUAGAAUGAUUACAGUAAAAAAAACUUCUAAUUGAAUUAAGAAUCUGAGCAGUUGCAUUUGCUUUUAUUAAAUAUUUAUUUGUGCUAUAUAUUGUCAUGCUAAAUACAGGAUAAUUCUUUAGUGUUUGUGAUAUUGAUUAUUCUCAAUAUUCUAAUGAUAAUCAAUUACUGAACACACAGAAGACGUAUAGAUAUAGUAGUGCGGAUUACAUUAGCGAAUAAAGGAAUUGGGAAACGCGAGUAACAUACAUUAUUAUAAAGGAGAUAUUGGAAAACGAAGUAUCAUUCACUCGUCCAUAAAUGGACAUACAGACAGAUAAGAAAGGUUGAUAACCUAAUUGAAGGGUCGAAUAAUUCGCACUGUGAGUUGGAGCUCAGGAGAGAAUGAAGAAACUAUUCCUCGCCUUGUUGACCAUUUCGCUGGUGCAGUGGGGAGAGUCAAUCGACGCAAAUGCCUGUCAGUCUAGCCCGUGUGUGCAUGGCUCCUGUUUUAGCGGACCGGCUGGUUACCUGUGCGUCUGUGAUCACGGCUACACUGGCAUUCACUGUGAUUCGAGCAUAGGCGGCAUUGAGACGUGUCUGUCGUGCCCUGCCAGACUCACGGACGUGCCGUGUACCCACGUGCAGAAGUGCUCAUCGGGCCAGCAAUGUUUCGCACGUAUCCUGGCAACGUCUUCCGGUGACCUGCUUCACGAGUACGGCUGUAAAGACUCGCAGCUAUGUGGUGCAAGAUCGGUGAUUGGAAGGAGAGAGACACCAACGUCCAUGACAUCCCGCCAGACACAGACUGGUUUUCCACUGUGCGAACGAUGCUGCUUGGGGGCGAUAUGCAACAUGAACAUGUGUGGCCAAGCUCCAAACAUUUCGGUUAGUGGUGGUCCCACCUGUUACUCCUGCUCAAACCAUACCACAAAGGAUUCCUGCACGGACAUACAACACUGUCCGGCUGGACAGGUUUGCCAACUUGUCCCCAAAAUCUCCAUUGCAACCCAUACAUAUCACUUCGAGUCGUCCUGUGCCGUGCAUGCGGACUGUCAAGCUAAAGUAGCCGCCUUAACGCAGGGAAUACUGGGCAGAAAAAGAGACAUGCCUUGUUCUAUGCGAUGUUGUAACACAACCCUGUGUAACCAGUUAUCAUGCGGGCAAGUGACAACACCAGUUGCUGAUCCCUGCUCAUCCAAUCCCUGUCAGCGAGGCACGUGCACCAGUUCGAAUGGGGACUUUGAAUGCCACUGUCCAUCAGGCUAUUCUGGGAAGACGUGUGAUAUGGGACCGUUGCCUAUGGACUGUAAAGAUAUAAUCAAUCGCCCCAAUCUGUUCUCGAACCGAGGUGACGGUGUGUACACAAUUAUGUUGCCAAGGUCACGCACCGUGCUGCAAGUCUUCUGUGACAUGACGUACGAUUCGGGAGGCUGGACCGUAUUUCAACGCCGCGUCACGAGCAGUCAAUAUUUCAACAGAAACCUUGCAGAGUACGAAAAGGGCUUUGGGGACAUAAAUUCCGAAUUUUGGAUGGGAUUGGAGUACCUGAAGGAAAUCGUAGAUUUAGGACCAACUGAUGAAAAGUACCACGGAGUUGUCGUUAGUGCCGACUAUAGCUCCUCACUAGAAUGUCAUUUUUUGAUGCGAAUUAUCUCUCUGAGUGGUGCACCAUCGUUUACAAUCGAGAGAGAAUCGUCUAAUGGAACCUAUUCAUGUGCAGACAAUCCGUUCACGAAGGCUUAUAAUGGACAGACAGAUGUCUCGUUUCUUUUCCCACCUGUCGCCACAUUCGCCACGUACGACCGGGACACUACCGGAGGCUGUGCAGCGCAUAUGGGAGGAGGAUGGUGGUACUACGGUUGUGUACCGUCCAGCGUGUCCUUGCCAACCAACACAUAUACAAGCGUUAACAGUACUUGCGGGUCACCGUUCUAUCCCGGUGUACACAUAGAUCAAGAUAACAAAGUACACUGUGCCCUAAUUAAUUUAUACUCUGACAGUCCAUCGCAAUUUUUUAAAAUCGUUUCGAUGAACAUUGAAAUGAUGAUCCGAAGGAACAAUUAG